UUGACGCAAACCAAGGUCCAGGGUGCGUCGCAGGCGAUGCUGUACGCGACGGGUAUUACGGAGGAAGAUCUCGACAAACCUCAGGUUGGCAUCUGCUCCGUCUGGUACGAAGGCAAUCCUUGCAACAUGCACCUUUUAGAUCUUUCCGAAAAGGUCAAAAAAGGAGUCGAAGACGCCUCCUGCGUAGGCUACCGCUUCAACACGGUGGGUGUUUCCGACGGUAUCAGUAUGGGCACCUCCGGUAUGCGGUAUUCGUUACAGUCGCGCGAUUUGAUUGCGGAUUCCAUGGAAACGACUAUGGGAGGACAAUGGUACGAUGGAUUGAUUGCCUUGCCGGGAUGUGACAAAAACAUGCCGGGCUGUAUCAUGGCCAUGGGACGCUUGAACCGACCGGGUAUCAUGGUCUAUGGAGGAACUAUUCGGGCUGGAAAGCAGCCGUCUACUGGAAACAGUCUCGACAUUGUCAGCGCCUUUCAGUCUUACGGAGAGUAUGUUUACGAUAAGAUUACGGAGGAGGAGCGCAAGGAAAUUCUGCAGCACGCAUGUCCCGGACAAGGAGCCUGUGGAGGAAUGUAUACCGCAAAUACAAUGGCCACCGCGAUUGAAGCCCUCGGCAUGUCCCUUCCGUAUUCAUCGUCGUCGCCGGCGGAUUCCAAGGAAAAGGCUGAUGAGUGCUAUCGUUCGGGGGAAGCCAUGUAUCGCCUUUUGGAACUUGAUCUUAAGCCUCGUGAUAUCAUGACCAAGGCGGCUUUCGAGAAUGCCAUGCGUAUGGUCAUGGUCACGGGUGGAUCCACCAACGCUGUCUUACACUUGAUUGCUAUGAGUCGCUCGGUUCAGAAUCCAGAAGUAGCAAUCACGUUGGAAGACUUCCAACGAAUCUCCAAUCAAACACCAUUCUUGGCUGACUUAAAACCUUCCGGCAAAUACGUCAUGGAAGAUGUCCAGAAUAUUGGCGGAACUCCUGGAUUGAUCAAGUUCAUGAUUGACAAUGGUUUGUUUGAUGGAAGCCAAAUGACCGUUAGCGGGAAAACACACGCCGAAAACUUGAAGGAUCAUCCCGGACUCACACCCGGACAGGACAUCAUCCGUCCUCUUUCUGACCCCGUGAAAAAGACUGGUCACUUGAUGAUGAUGUAUGGAAAUCUCUGUCCCGGAGGUGGUGUCGCCAAGAUUACCGGUAAGGAAGGAGAAACGUUCACUGGAACUGCGCGUGUGUACGACAAUGAGCAAUUGAUGAUGCGUGGUUUGGAAAACAAGGAAAUUAAGGCAGGCGACGUGGUCAUCAUUAGAUAUGAAGGGCCAAAGGGUGGCCCGGGCUUACCAGAGAUGCUGACACCCACAAGUGCGAUCAUGGGCGCUGGGCUCGGAGACAAAGUGGCGCUUUUGACCGAUGGUCGGUUCAGUGGUGGAAGUCACGGCUUCUGUAUCGGACACAUCACUCCCGAAGCGCAGGUUGGUGGACCCAUUGCCCUCGUUAAGAAUGGUGACCCCAUCCGCAUUGAUGCUCGUGCUGAACAACGAACCAUUGAUCUGUUGAUUUCGGACGAAGAAUGGGAGAAGCGAAGAACAGAAUGGACGCCGCCACCUCUCCGAGCGACGCAGGGAACCCUCUUUAAGUACAUCCAGUGCGUUGCGACUGCCAGUGAAGGAUGUGUGACUGACGAA